AGUGGCCGCUCUAGGCAGCGGGGAGGUCGCAGGGUGGGGGAGCUGGGAAACAAGUGCGACCUUUCCUCUAUGGUCGGAGCCCCGGGCACCUUCCCUGGCGCCUUAGGUUACUUCCGGAAGUGAAGCUGCCACCUCCUCUACUUCCGCGGGGUCCAGCCUGGGGCAGCGGACGGGUGGGCCCCGGCUUGAGCGCAGUGAUUUAACGAUGCUUUACAGCAGUAUUCUAAGUCUGAAAUUUUCUAUGCCUGUGAAUCCCACAAUUUGCUAAGAGAUGGAGGAGUCUCAGCAACAUGACCUGAACACGAUGACCCUUGAGAAAGAUGAUCCCCUCGAGAGCACCAGCCCUCAGAUUUCUGUUAGUGAAUUUUCUUGCCACUGCUGUUACGACAUCCUGAUUAACCCCACCACCUUGAACUGUGGGCACAGCUUCUGCCGGCACUGCCUAGCUUUAUGGUGGACCUCUUCAAAGAAAACAGAGUGUCCAGAAUGCAGAGAAAAAUGGGAAGGUUUCCCCAAAGUCAAUAUUCUCCUCAGGGAUGCCAUUGAAAAGUUAUUUCCUGAUGCCGUUAGGAUGCGAUUGGAAGACGUUCAGCAGAAUAAUGACAUAGUCCAGAGCCUUGCAGCCUUUCAAAAAUAUGGGAAUGAUCAGAUUUCUUUAGCUCCCAACGCAGGCCGAGUGAAUCAGCAGAGAGGAGGGGGAUUCUUUUCAGGAGUGCUCUCAGCUUUAACUGGUGUGGCAGUGGUCCUGCUCGUGUAUCACUGGAAGCUGGUCCACAAGGCUGUGGCCAAAUGGACAGCGGAAGAAGUUGUCCUCUGGCUGGAGCAGCUGGGCCCUUGGCUGGGCCCUUGGGCCUCUCUCUACAGAGACAGGUUUUUAGCCGAAAGAGUAAAUGGAAGAUUGCUUUUAACUUUAACAGAGGAAGAAUUUUCAAGGGCACCAUAUAUCAUAGAAAACAGCAGCCACAGAAGAGCCAUCCUCAUGGAAUUGGAGCGUGUCAAAGCACUAGGCGUGAAGCCCCCCCAAAAUCUCUGGGAAUAUAAGGCUGUGAACCCAGGCAGGUCCCUGUUCCUGCUGUAUGCCCUCAGGAGUUCCCCCAGACUUGGUCUGCUGUACCUCUACCUGUUUGACUACACAGACACCUUCCUACCCUUCAUCCACACCAUCUGUCCUCUGCAAGAAGACAGCUCUGAGGAAGACAUCUUCACCAAACUUCUGGAUCUUAGAGAGCCCACAUGGAAGCAGUGGAGAGAAUUCCUUGUCAAAUACUCCUUCCUUCCGUACCAGCUGAUUGCUGAAUUUGCUUGGGACUGGCUGGAAGUCCAUUAUUGGACGUCUCGGUUUCUCAUCGUCAAUGCCAUGUUACUGUCGGUUCUGGAAUUAUUCUCUUUUUGGAGGAUCUGGUCAAGAAGUGAACUGAAGACUGUGCCUCAGAGGAUGUGGAGCCAUUUUUGGAAAGUAUCAACACAGGGGCUUUUUGUGGCCAUGUUCUGGCCCCUCAUUCCUCAGUUUGUUUGCAACUGUUUAUUUUACUGGGCCCUGUACUUUAACCCAAUUAUUAACAUUGAUCUUGUGGUCAAGGAAGUCCGACGGCUGGAAACCCAAGUUUUUUGAAUGGCACUGCCCAUUGCUCUGAGGGACUCCUCCAGCCUCCCUGACGUCUGAGCUUUGAUGCUUGAGUGAAGAGGGGUUGGGAGCGCUCAACUUCCUAUUUUCUUUCCCUACUAAACAAGGUGCUGCUUUCUCUGUCAAAGCCUACAACCAGGUCCUCUCUCCCUCUGCCUAUGUCAUUGUGGCAGCAGGGACUGACAUCCCAAAGCUGGGCCGACACAGCAGCAGCACCUCCCACCUAGCCUCCUUGCUCACAGGAACUUGGGAGGCCCCGUCCACUACAGCUUGCAAGGAACCAGGGUCCUCAGAGGAUGUGGUGUGGGCGACAUCAGAAGGCUGCCACAUCAGCAGUCCUAACCUCAGUGACUGACAAGGGCUCCCAGGGCAAGUUGGAGUUCUGAGACUCAGCCCAAGAUCUGGCUUAUUGGGGCCAGGCCUGUCCUCUAAGUCAAGUUUAGGAAAAUGGGAGAAGACUUUGUCAUAGGCAUAGACAGUUGCACAUAAAAAAUACAGAGGAAAAACCAAAA